CAGCAGGGGGCUCCAGAGAACCACGAGGUUCCUGAAUGAAAAUUUCAACAAGCUCAAACUGAUCAAUAAACCAUUUAAGUGAGUAUAUUUAAAUUGUUAACUAUAAAUAACGUCCAGCUUUAAUGAGGAUAAAGAAUGUGUUGCUAGAGAGUGUAGCAGACCCUCAUAUAUUCCCUCUGUAGACCCCAGAGAGGGACAAGAGCGCGCAUGCGCAGGUGGAUACUUGGUUAUCAUGACUGCCCUCGUGCCCUCUACACACCCCUUCAAAAAUGUGUCCCCGUGCGCGCCGGGAAGCUGGAAGAUUACCGGGACGCGCUCGGGCUAGGACUGAACCGGAAACCUGUCGGCAGCAUCGGGGCUCGCGCCUCCGGUGAGAGGGGAACGUCUCUCCCGCCGUUUCUUCUUCUUCUUCUUCGGUAUUUUCCGCGAGCUCUGCGGAGGAAAUUGAACCGCCGGCUGGAAGCAUGAAGCUGCGGGAAGCCACGGUCUGAGGAGCCCGGGAGGUGAGGAGCCGAGUUUCCUCAAGUUUUCAGCCUCAGAGUCACGACUCUAGGUGGAGGAGGAGGACCAGGACCGACCCGAACCUAGAGACCCGCACUUGUCAUCAUGGUUUCCUGGUUCUUCACCUUGCUCCUGCUCCAAUUAGCGGAGGCUUCUCCUUCCAGUGACAACACCACAGAUGAUCUUCAGAACGUCACCUUAGCUGCCAUCUUGCCCCUCACCAACACAGACUAUCCGUGGGCUUGGCCUCGAGUGGCGCCGGCGCUAUACCGAGCCGUGGACAGUGUGAACUCGGACCCUCACCUGCUUCCAGGCCUGAAGCUCCAGCUGGUUCACGGCAGCUCCGAGAACCGGGAAGGCUUUUGCUCCGACUCUGCGGCGCCGCUGGUCGCCGUGGACCUGAAACUGUCCCACGACCCAUGGGCCUUCAUCGGGCCUGGAUGUGACUACUCCUCAUCGCCCGUCGCUCGCUUCACCACCCACUGGGACGUUCCCAUGGUGACGGCCGGGGCUCGCGCCGACGGCUUCAGCACGUUUGCGGCGGUCACCAACACGGGGCCCACGCACAAGAAGCUGGGCGAGUUGAGCCUGAAGAUCCAGGAGACGUUCGGAUGGCACCACCACGCCAUGCUCAUCUACAGCGAGAGCAAGGACGACAACGACGAGCGGACGUGCUACUUCGCCAUUGAGGGGUUGUACACGCUGCUGAGGAAACACAACAUCUCCGUCUUCGACUACUUCAUAGAGAGCGACGUGAACUACAAGGACGUGGUCCAAAUCAUCCAAAAGAACGGCCGAGUUGUGUACCUGUGCUGCUCCUGGGACAACUUGAGGAGUCUGAUGGUCCAGUUCUGGAAGGAGGGCGUGGAUUUGGAGAACUACGUCUUCUUCUUCAUUGAUCUUUUCGCUGAGGGUUUGGGUGGCGAACAGCCCGUCACGCCGUGGUUCAGAGGCGACCAGGACGACUAUGCAGCCCAUCUCGCCUUCAGGAGUGUGAAGGUGCUGACCUACUUGGAGCCUCAAAAUGCAGAAUAUCACCAGUUUGUGGAAACUCUGAAGAAAGACGCGGAGAAAAUGUUCAACUUCACCAUCAAAGACUCUCUGUACAACCUCAUAGCAGGAGGAUUCUACGACGGAGUGAUGCUGUACUCUCAGGCUCUGAACGAGACUCUGAGCAAACACAACCCAGGGCAGCGGCCGGUGCUGAGACCCAAAGGAGACAUGGUUACCCAGAGGAUGUGGAACCGGACCUUCCAAGGAGUGAUGGGGACGGUAGAAAUGGACGAGUUUGGAGACAGAGAGAUAGACUUUGCCUUAUGGGACAUGACAGACAUCAACUCUGGAAAGUUUGAGGUGGUGUGUGUUUAUAACAGCUCCAUAAAGCAGCUGGUCCUGCAGAAAGGUCUGGACUUCCAGUGGCCCGGCGGCUCCCCUCCUUUAGAAGUCCCAGAAUGCGGUUUCAAGAACGACAACCCGGCCUGCCUCACACGUACAGUUACAAUGCAUCAGAUGGUUGCCAUAGUGAUCUGCUUCGUCUUUGUCAUCAUCGUUACCAUCACUAUUUUUAUCUACAGGAAGCUGAAGCUGGAGAGCGAGCUGGCUGCUCAGCUGUGGAGAGUUUCUUGGGACAACAUCCAGAUGAGCAACCUGGAUAAAGUUCUGAAGAGGGCGUGCAGCCGCCUCACACUGUCUCUGAUGCGAGAUGUUCAUAACGAACACCUGACUCGCUUCAUCGGUGCCUGCGUUGACCCCCCAAACAUGUGUGUCAUCACGGAGUACUGCCCUAGAGGCAGCCUUCAGGACUUGAUGGAGAGUGAAAGCAUCACGUUGGACUGGAUGUUCAGAUACUCUCUCAUCAAUGACAUCGUCAAGGGGAUGGCGUUCCUGCACAACAGUGUCAUUGUUUCUCACGGUAACCUGAAGUCCUCCAACUGUGUGGUGGACAGCCGCUUCGUCCUGAAGAUCACCGACUAUGGGCUGCAGAGUCUUCGGACCAGCAGCUGCCCCGAGGACACGCACGCCUACUACGCACGUAAGCUUUGGACGGCUCCGGAGCUCCUGAGGACGGAGUUCCCUCCCCCCUGCGGGACCCAGAAGGGGGACGUCUACAGCUUUGGUAUAAUCCUGCAGGAGUUGGCCUUGUUGAAAGGAGUCUUCUACAUCGACACACACACCCUCACCCCGAAAGAGAUCGUCCAGGGCGUGGUUCGGGGUGGCGUCCCCCUCCUCCGCCCCACCCUCUGCUUCCACAGUCACAGCGAGGAGCUCGGCGUCCUGAUGCAGCGGUGCUGGUGCGAAGAACCGGGGGAGCGGCCGGAUUUUAACACCAUUAAGAUCCUGCUGAGGAAGCAGCACAGAGGUUAUGGUUCCAACAUCCUCGACAACCUUCUGUCUCGGAUGGAGCAGUACGCUAACAACCUGGAGGAGCUGGUGGAGGAACGCACUCAAGCAUAUAACGAAGAAAAACGCAAGGCUGAGGCCCUGCUGUACCAGAUCCUACCUCAUUCUGUAGCGGAGCAGCUGAAAAGGGGCGAGACGGUUCAAGCCGAAGCGUUCGACUCCGUCACCAUCUACUUCAGUGACAUCGUCGGCUUCACGGCGCUGUCGGCUGAGAGCACGCCACUGCAGGUUGAUGACCUCUACACCUGCUUUGACGCCAUCAUCGACAACUUUGAUGUUUACAAGGUGGAGACCAUCGGAGAUGCCUACAUGGUGGUGUCCGGAUUGCCCGUCAGGAACGGUAAACUCCACGGCCGGGAGGUGGCGCGGAUGGCUCUCGCUCUGCUCGACGCAGUGAAGAGCUUCAAAAUCCGACAUCGACCCAGCCAGCAACUCCGCCUGCGCAUCGGCGUUCACAGCGGUCCUGUGUGUGCCGGUGUGGUCGGGUUAAAGAUGCCCAGGUACUGUUUGUUUGGCGACACGGUCAACACGGCGUCACGCAUGGAGUCCACAGGAGAAGCCUUGAAGAUUCACGUGUCGGAGGCCACCCGCCAGGUCCUGCAGGAGUUCAACACCUUCCAGCUGCAGCUCAGAGGAGAGAUUGAAGUGAAGGGGAAAGGCCGCAUGAGGACGUACUGGCUGCAGGGGGAGGAAACCUCAAACUGAUGAUGGACUUUAUGGAGGGAAGAGAGCGAGCGCUCCGUUUCUGAAGAGCUUCACGAUGAAGGCCAAAGAAAGAUGUCAGGACACCACCGUGUUAAACAUGUCUGUCUAAUAUGGUGAUAAACUUAUGACUUUUUUUUAUUAAGUCAGAGACUUCUAGAACUGUUUUCUGCUGAAAUAAACUGUAGAAGAAAAACAGACAAAUGAAUGUUUCACUUUAAAAUAAAAAUCCUAUCAAAAAAGUUAUGUAAAUACAAUAUUAAAAUAACUGUGUUGUUA